AAAUUUACAAUAGCAGUUCGCACCAAAUUUUCCCUCAUUCAAAACUGUGUUCACUUGCACAAAAUGAACCCUAAACCCUAGAAAGCAUGGAUUUGAACGUUUCAGUCCAAUUUUUUGUGACUCCGUAUUGAAGGGUUCCAAUUCAUCGGAGAAGUCACUAACUCGACAACGACGGCGGCGAGCUUAACAAUUAGAAAAUGAGGGGCAUGUCUGAUGAUCUCGAAGAAAUCAUGAUUCGAGAAAGGAUGAAGAAAAGAAGACUCUCUGAGAAUCAGAAUGAAGAAAUUUAUGAAAAUGAAGACAGGCUGAGCGACUUACCUGACUGUGUUAUCCUUCACAUUUUAUCAUUUUUGAAUACCAAACAUGUUGUUCGAACUUGCGUUUUGUCCACAAGAUGGAAACAUCUCUGGAAACGUAUUCCGACUCUUAUAUUGCAUUCUUCAAGAUUUUCCACUUUGAAGAAAUUUACAGUAUUUGUGCAUAAGAUUUUGACUCUUCGUGAUACCUCAAGUGCACUACAUGCUCUUGAUCUUGACCGUCGCGGUAAUAUUGAGCCACAACUCCUUAAAAAGAUUUUAAACUAUGUUUGCUCCCAUAAUAACCACCUCAGCAAAUUAGGAAUCUCUGUUCGUGGUGAUAGUUCUUUCAUUUUGAGCUGUGUUUCUUCAUGCCGGGCUCUUACAUCACUUCAGCUUUCAAUUUACCCUAGAGGGAAUGAUUUUACAGAAACAUUAUUUCCAAAAUCUUUGAAUUUGCCUUUACUAACCAGCUUAGAUCUAACAAAUUUUGCCUUUGACGGUGGUGAAACCGGUUGUGCUGAGCCCUUUUUGGUCUUUACCAAGUUGAAUAGUUUGGUCAUUUGUAGUUGUAAGGUAAAGGAUGCUUCAACCCUCCGUAUAUCAAGUGAGACACUUGUCAAUUUAGCUAUAGACAGUCCUUUGAAAAAAAUAAGUUUUGUUGUACAACAUAAUCUAUUCAACAUUGUCAUGAUUGAGCUAUCUACUCCAAAUCUUUGUACUUUUAAAUUUACUGGUGACCUUGUUCAGAAAAUAUGUGGGAGUGGACUUUCUUCUGUUAAACAAGUAAAUAUCUAUUCACGAGAUUUUUCAGCUUUGGCGGAGCAUGCUUUGGUUCUACGCAGCUGGCUGCUAGACUUUGCCAAUGUUGAAUCAUUGACAGUCACUUCAACUGUUCUUCAGAUUCUCUCCUUAGUUCCUGAUUUAUUGGAGGUUAAGCUCUCUUUGUGUUACUUGAAGUCAAUGGAAAUAGAACUGAUACCAAUUUAUGAUAUAUCUUUAUUACUAUUGAUUAAAGAAGCCAUGUUAAAGAAAGCUGCUGCCAAGUCACGUAAAGAAGUUGCUAUGUUAAGAAAGGCAUUUAAAGCACGUUUGGAACCACCUGCCAUACCUGAUGGAAUAGUUGAUUUCCUGCGACAAAACUCUCCGUCAGCUGAAGUUAAAAUCACAACAGAUUACUCAAGUAAUUUUAAUCUUAAGCAGAUUGAAGAAUCUAUUAAGGGUGCAAAGAUUAUCAAAUAUCGACCGCGAUUCGCUGCGCCUGCCUCCCCUGCUGCAUCUGCUUCCUCUUCUGAAUUCGCGUCUAAUGCUUCUCCCGCUUCUGCCACUGAGCCUGCCAGUGCUGCGCCUCCCAAUCUUCAUCUUUGUCGCACUGAAAAGGAUGAUAAAUCGUCAAAUGAAGAUAAGGUGGAGAAGCAUCAACUGUCCACUUCUCGACACUGGGUAGUGAAAGAGUUCUCUUAUUGACUUACAUGUUACUAUGCCUUCUUGGUCAAGCUUUUGGUCUAUCACGCACCAUAUUCAUGGGUAGUGAAAGAGUUCUCUUAUUGACUUACAUGUUACUAUGCCUUCUUGGUCAAGCUUUUGGUCUAUCACGCACCAUAUUCAUCUAGCUGAUAGUCUCCAAUUUUAAAACCAUAUUGUGAUGUACAGAUUAUAUGUGUACUUGUCACUGUAUGAACAUGUGUCUUUUGUUUUUGGCAACCAUUAUGAACAAUAUUCUUGUCAUGCUUCAGGUGUCUUUUGUCUAUGUC